AUGGAACCCCAGCUUCCACCGUUAAUACUUUGUAUGGAGAAUAUGAAUGGAGAAGAAGUAUCCCUUAGUAUUGGACCCAAUGAUGAUUUCCAAACAUUCCUGGAUAAAGCCAAAUCAACCCUAGGUUUCGAUGUAGACAUUAAUUCAAUUACUGGCGAACAACCUGUAUCAUUAAAUGAAAACAUUUAUCAUUAUCUCCUGAACUCGGAACUAAAUUAUCAAACUGAUCCACAAAUUGGUACUGAAAAUUUCCAACGCACACCAGAACAGGGUGCACAUAGCCCUGAUGGGUUUGUAUACGUUUUAGACGACGGCACACAAAUACGAGCAUCGCAAAUACAUUUUGAUAACGAGGAUCCCCCUGUAGACCUCAUAGCGGAACAAAUACCAUUCGUCAAGUACGCCGAUGAUAGUGAAGAUGAAAACGAAGUCGUAGACCAAAGUAUUGAAAAUACUAAAAAAAUAAACAUCGUCGAAAGUCCUGUUAAACGUUGGGAAAGUAGAAAUUCCAGUCCUAGAUGCAGUUUCGUAAACAGUUUACCUUUCAAACUUGUCUGUUCGAAUACCUCUAACUUUGAAGCCCAAUUCACAAAGUACUUAGAAUCGAGUACCACGAGAACAUUCACAACUUUGAAUCCUGUAACCAAUAGAAACAAGUCCCCUAAAAGUUUAAUAAGUGAUAAUUACAAAAAUUACGAUGAGAAUUAUCAGCGUAACAAAGAUGAUUUCGGAAGUUAUACACGAGAAGAAAUUCUUAAUAUGUUUAAAGACUCACCCGUCGCAUCCUUGCCUUACGAAGAGAACCAAAAUCAUAACGAAAAAAGACGCCAUGUACGUAAAACCGACCCAUCUCGGCUUCAUAAAAAUUGGAAUAAUCGACCUUACGUAGACGUAAAACCUGGAGAGAAAGGUAGACAAAACUGUUUCAUUUGUGGUAAAAUCGAUAACAACGUAGAAAAGUUGUACUUGUUUGAUAACGAGGAUCAAAAACUACAUAGAUGUACAUCGCCCAGAAAUUAUCCGACUCAAUUGAAAAUAAUAUGUGAUCAUUGUUUGGCUGAAAAUUUUAAACCUAGUCGUAUGAAAAGUCCUACACAAUCUCUUAGUACCGAUGAGUUCUUAGUUAUAAAAAAUAACCAGCAAUUUAUAUUUCAAAAGGUUAUUGAUUUUAAAUUGGCUCCGAUUUCGGAUAUCGCAGAUAAACGGGAUCAAAACCUCGAGGAUACCCAAGAGAAUGAUAAACUUGAAUUUGUGAAAGUAGAAAUAGGUUCCGAUGGUGAAAUCGUAACGAAAUGUAUUGACAAUGAUACAAGGUCAUCAGAUGACGUUAUUAUUGUGAAAGAUGAGAAAAAAGAUAGUUCAAGUGAUGUUGAAAUAAUAGAAAAUGAACCUUAUAUAGACGAUCAUAUUAUAGAUAAUUUGGAAGAAGCCGAUGAGGACGUUAAAGAAUUUUUGGGGAAAUAUCAUUGUGAUAAUAAUACUGAGAUUAAGGAAUUAAAAUGCAGAUUUUGUGACAGCAUCUUUGAACAAAUCGGCCAGGUUAUAGAUCAUGGCGAGGAACACAAACAUAAUUUAGACGAUGGAGAAGUAUUCCCUUGUCCAUUGUGUGACUAUGGUUAUUCUAAUUUUAAAUGGUUAAAGGGACAUCUCAAAGCAGCUCAUGACAAAACAAAAAUUACUGACAUAAAAAACGAAGCUGAUAACGAUGAAGACAAAAAUGAGGCUAAAACUUCUCCAUCUUCAUCUCCCGUUGCGAAGAGAACUAGAAGUGCAAUUAAAAAAGUCGAAACGGAAACCGAGAAAGAGUCCCCGGAGAAAAUGGAGCGCACGAAUAACAUUACAACGAAACUUGAAUCUAACGGUUCUACAUUGACUGUCAAUACGGAAGUGAAACAGGAAUGUUUAGACAGCAGUGAUGAUGAAGCAAUCUGGAUCGUGCAGACUGUUGGCCAUGAACCCUCGGCACAGCUGGAGAACUUACUGAAGGUGGCCACGGUAAGAUGCGAUGAGAAAAACAGAAAGAAAAAUAAAUGUAACAACUGCAGUCAAAUAUUCCCAACUGCGGAAAGUCUUAUCUCCCACAAGUGUCGUCGCCGAGGACGCAAGCGCAGAGGCCCGGCCAAAGAUGAUUCGGUCUUACUCGUUCCCUCUGAAGAGGACUUUCUUAGGAGGGCUCAAGGAAGACCUAAACAAAAACAGCCAGGAGUUGACAACGAUUUGCUGGUCGUUAGAUCUCGUAAGAGAAAGAACCGUGAGCCGACUUCUGAUCCGCAAAUAGUUACCUGUCACAACUGCAAUGAAUCGUUUACCUCCAAAGUUAGACUGAAGUUUCACAUGCAAUUCCACGACGCGACUAAUCUUUUGACUGCGGAGGGUCAAUACGCGUGCCCGGAGUGCGAGGGUGCGCAUUUCCCCACUGAAAGCGAGCUCUUCGACCACGUCCACUUUCAGCAUCAUAAGCAGAAGCGCUGGCAAUGUCCUGUAGAAGAUUGCGGCAAGACUUUUUAUCUUAGAGCUACGUUAACAAAACAUAGCCGCACGCACACAGACACGCGACGAUAUGUAUGCGUAACGUGCGGGAAACGAUUCCUUGACAAGCAGACCCUCGACGAGCACGGAGUCACACAUUUACAAAUAAAGCCGUUCCAGUGCCACAUCUGCUUGAAGCAGCUGACACGACGAUCUCGUCUCCGGAUGCAUCUCCGAGCGCACGAGGAGGAGCUCGCACCGCGGCUUGUGCUCGUCUGCGCCGCGUGCGGCCGCGCCUUCCGCGAUACUAAUGACGCUCAGGAUCACGCUAAUAAAUCAAAAGAGUGUAUAGAGAAGUUAAGUCCGGCUGUUAAAGAAGAGAACCAAGUAUCAGUCCUGCUUUCCCCGACCACUGGACUGGUCACUCAAACUGUUGCGGUUGUUGCGAAGUCCCCGCAAAUGGAGUGCGGACCGGAAGGUGACGCGUUACUGGCAACACUCACAGACUUCGCCAAAAUCAUCAUACGAGUUGUCGAGAUUGAGAAGGCAUUCCGCUGCGAGUACUGUGAAGAUGUUUUCUAUUUGGAAGAAGCGCUGAACAGUCAUCGAGUUAUCCACAAAGGUAUUAAGAAUCCAUUCACCUGCCACAUCUGUAAAGUUAGCUUCGCCACGUAUUCCAGAUGUACUACACACAAAACAACUCACGGUUUUUACAAGCGUUCUCUCGCAGACUGCAAGAAAGCAGCUAAAUGUCCAGGCUCCUCUGAAGCUGGACCUGCCGCUACUGGCAUUUUAGGUUAUGGUGGAUUUCCUGUCGUCAAACAUUUCUUAUGCGAGGAUUGCGGAAGGUCCUACUUACACUGGACUUAUCUACAAGUACAUCGACGUAUGAAACAUGCUAAUGAAAAUUUUCUAUACAAAUGUAACCAGUGCGACCUGACCUUUCCCAACAGUUGGAGUGUGGCGUAUCACAGGAAGAAGAUGCACGGGAAGACUGGACCUGAAGAUGGCGGUGGCACUACCAAAAUAGCUAGAGAUGAUUAUAGGAUACCUUGUCGGGAUUGUAGCAUGGUGUUGCCAAACAAAACAGCACUUUAUGCUCAUAGACAGAAGGAGCAUAGUGAUACAACCAUGAGCGAUGAACAAGGUACGGAUGCGCAAGUGCGCACGCACGCACCUCUCGCGACCUCGUGCAGCAAGUGCGGGCACAACUUUAACGAGCCCAGCGCUCUACAGCGACAUCUCAAAGAGGUGCACGGACAUGAAGGUGAGAUGCGCGGUGAGAGAGGGCGGUCGCACGCAUGCGCGGUUUGCGGCCGCACUUUCCGCUCCGCCUCCGUACGCAACGAGCACCUGCGCGUGCACACAGGCGAGAGACCCUAUCCUUGUGACGUCUGCGGGGUCGCCUUCAGACGGUCGACAGCUAUGCGUAAUCACCGUCUGAUCCAUUCUGGCGUGCGUGCAUGGGCGUGCGCGCGCUGCCCCAAACGAUUCCGCAUACGCUCCGACCUGCGCACGCACGUGCGACUUAAACAUCCUACUUAUAUGAUCGUAUUUGAGAUGAAAGGUUUAAACCCGACAUAUGAAGAGAUAAUGCAACACAUCCGUGAAAAUAACAUCACUCAGGGUCGCAUCAUAGAGAUCACUAAGAUGUCCUUCGAAAAGGGUACAAGCAGUAUAGUGCCAACUACAGCACGCGCCCUGUCUCUGCUCGGCCACGUGCCUCGCACAAAGAUCACAUGCGAAACACCCACGCCUAAUUGUUUUCACAUAGAUAUGUUCCAACCGGCACGUCGAGGUCGAGGUAUUGCCAAGAAUCCAAGAAGACCUAAGAUCCUACAAGGAGGUCAUGGCGACUCUGAAUUAGUCAAUGAGUACUCCGUGCCCUUAACAUGCGGUACCAGUGGAGAGGCGCUACCAGAACUGAACGUGGAACUGUUAAAUGAAGGCGCGCUGCAUAGCGGCCAGAUGGUUCAGAUACAACUCGACGAUAACAUCUGGAAUAAGACACAGUGACCUAGCUA